UUGAUAAUUAAUGUAACUUUUUUCUGCGUUUUUGAUUGUUUCAGACAGGAAGGGAGGAACUUUUUGCAGUUUUUAAAGAAUAUUCAGAUCUAUUUGCGUGAACUGUGAGCGCGAGUGAAUUAAGCGAAUUAAAUACAAUAGGAAAAAGUCACGUACAAUAGAUCACAAGAAAAUACAGCAACAAAGUGCUUGUUAAUUAUAAAUUACUGUAAGCAAACAAAGGAAGAAUUUGCGUAUUAAAGAAGAAAAGAAAUCAAUAAAAUUAGCAAAAUUAAUGAGGUAUAAUUCCCAAAUAUUAGAAGAACGAAAGAAAUACAAAGGAUAAGACAGCUUUUAGUAACCAGGUCAGAACGGAAUCGGUGCGAAAUAUUUAACAGAUGUUGGCAUGUGCCUAUGAUAAGAUUGUGUGCUAUCCUGAAGAGAGAAACAAGUAAAGUUUUCUUAAGAGCAAUAUUUUGCUUUAAAUAUACUUUAUAUUAACUGUCUUCUUUGAAGGCAGCGCAAAAAUUAAAUAGCUUCAAUGUCGUCUGAAAAUAAAACAUUGACUCAAGUAGAAAGAGUUGAUUUAAUUAGCACAUUAUCUGAAGAUGAAGCCGCUGCUGCAGCUGCAGUAUCAAACGAGCAGGGAUUCGGCGCAUCCGCAGGGUCAACGAACGGUACAAAGCUUGUAACUCAAGUAGAGAUAAAUACAAUUGGACUGAACAAAACAAAAAGAAAAAAGAAGAAAUCGAAGAAAAAGUCUCGGAGAGAGCAUGUUUUGUUAUCAGUUGACGAUGAAUCUGAUUAUGAUGAAAGCGUCGAAGUGUAUGAUUCAAUUGUUGACGGUAAAAGCAAAAACGGACUUGAUAUUAAUGUUCGGAACAGAAACGAUAAUUUGAAUGGAGAAGUUAUUGAAGGUAAUAUCAGCAACGGCAUCGUCACUGAUGAGAGCGACAUUUUCAACUCGCACAACCUCCACUCUCAUAAUAGCCUACAACAGCAACAAAACCAUCAUACAAGAAAUCAACUUUUGUUAUUACAAGAAAAUUUAACGCACAACAACACGAAUACCAAUAGUUUUAUAUCACUCUCACCAAACGCAGCGCCAAUGCUAAAUAAUGGACUGGUUGUUAGCACUACUUCUCUGCAUCGACGUGCUGCUAGUGGUAGUAGCAGCACUAGUGUUAGUAGUGCCAGUGAGAGUAAUAUAAAUGCUGACAUUUCUCCGCAAUAUGUCAGUGGAACAGCAUCUCCAACGCAGCAGUCUAGUGUAAAUCGUCGUGAAUCGCCAUUAUUGUCAGAUACGUUGCCCCCACGGUCAGCGACAUCGCGAAAUUUACAAACCAAAACAAAUCAGCUGGUAACAUCUACAUUGCAACGUCAUUACGACAGCGCUGACGACGGAGACGAGAUCUGCCUGGUGCCAGAGGUCGAUUUCGAAGGUGGUUCCAUGAUGGAUUCAGGAAAUGACAAUCGGGAAUCGCAGCCGCUGUUAGGUAGUAGUGGAGGACGGGAUCACAAUGAACUGACAGUCAAUACCUUUAUGGAUGAUCCCGCCUUUAAUGAAGUUGUUUUACAAGCGGAAAAUGCUAUUACCGCGGGAGUUAUGCCGGAACGCAUCUACCAAGGUAGCAGUGGAUCGUAUUUUGUAAAAAAUGCAGAAGGGAAAGUCCUGGCUGUAUUUAAACCAAAAGAUGAGGAGCCUUAUGGACGACUCAAUCCUAAAUGGACCAAAUGGAUGCAUAAAUUAUGUUGUCCUUGCUGCUUUGGGCGUGCCUGCCUAAUACCGAAUCAAGGCUACUUGUCGGAGGCAGGGGCUAGCUUGGUAGAUCGUAAAUUACAUUUAAAUAUUGUACCAAAGACCCGCGUUGUGCGACUAGUCGCCGAGACUUUCAACUAUGCACGCAUCGAUCGGCAAAAGGCCAAACUGAAGCGACGCAUUAAGGAACAUUAUCCGUCAGCUCAUUUUAACCGUAUGAGUCUGCCACUUAAGACUGGUUCAUUUCAGCUUUUUGUCGAAGGUUAUAAGGAUGCAGAUUUUUGGUUGCGUCGUUUCGAACAGGAGCCACUUAGUCCGAAACUCGCCAAUUCAUUUCAGUUAUAUUUUGAACGUCUCGUCGUACUCGACUAUAUUAUACGUAAUACAGAUCGUGGAAAUGAUAAUUGGUUAAUACGAUAUGUGCGUCCUACUAGUGCGGCUAAAACCAAUGCUACCAGCAGGGGAUUGCGUAUAAAACCAUUACUUACACCAACUAAACUAGGCGGUCAGACGCCACAACAUCAGCAAGCGGGACAGACGCAAAAAACUGAUAACACUCUAGAUACUAACAGAAAUGCAGUCGAUUCUGAAGCUACAAGUGAAGUGGAAGCAUCCCCAAAAGCCGAAAAAGAAAUUGAUAACUCGGAAAAUCCAAAUAAACCAUCUACUAGUCAACCCAAUGAUACAUCAUCAGAUGGUGAGAUUAUGAUAGCGGCAAUCGAUAAUGGACUAGCAUUUCCAUUCAAGCAUCCGGACUCCUGGCGUGCCUAUCCGUAUCACUGGGCGUGGUUACCACAAGCAAAAGUGCCAUUUAGUGAAGAAACCAAAAACCAUGUGCUGCCAUUGUUAUCCGAUAUGAAUUACGUAGAAGAAAUUUGCAAUGAUUUGUAUUACUUAUUUCAGCAAGAUAAAGGGUUCGAUCGUCGACUUUUUGAACGUCAAAUGUCUGUGAUGCGUGGCCAGAUUUUGAAUUUAACACAAGCACUUAAGGAUGGUAAAUCGCCAGUGCAGUUGGUGCAAAUGCCGGCAGUAGUGGUAGAGAGAUCACGUGGUCAAAAUAGUCGGUUCUUUUCGUUUACACAGCGCUUUCAAAAUAAAAGUCCCUUCUUUUCAUGGUGCUAACAUGAGCACAAUGACAGAAGAAAUUAUUAUCAUUAUAAAAAUAGUCGAAACCAUCAGAAAAUACAGUGAAUUUCCAAAACAGCAAUUUCGUUGGCAACUCGGAAAGCAGAGCAACAGCAGAAAGCGGAAUUAUUUAAGCAUUUCGCAUUUCCUGCAUACUUU